CUCCCGCACACUCUUCUUCACAGCACCCGAAAAAUCUGGACGCCAAGAACCAAUCACUCAUUCACUCACUCACUCCGCUUUCCCUUUUUGCUUUUCAUUUUUUAGCAUUAAAAUGGGUUUCGCAAUCUAUAAUUAUCCUCCUCCGCCAUUCGCCUCCGAUGCUCCUCUUUUUUCGUCAAUACUUUGCCCUCCACAACACCGCCCCGCACCCAAUCACACCUCCUACCAUAUAAUUAAUCCCAAGGUUUUGCGUUUGGAUCGUCGUAAACGACGCGCCGUUUGUGUGAAUUGCCAAACUACAACUGAGAAAAGACCUAUUUCGGGCGACAGAAUGCUGGUGUUUGUGCCGCCGCACCCUCUAAUUAAGCACUGGGUUUCAGUUCUUCGGAAUGAGCAGACGCCUUGCCCGAUAUUCAAGAAUGCUAUGGCUGAGCUUGGGAGAUUGCUAAUGUACGAGGCAUCAAGAGACUGGUUGCCAACUAUUACGGGUGAGAUCCAGUCGCCUAUGGGUGACGCUUCAGUGGAAUUUAUUGAUCCAAGGGAACCUAUUGCAAUUGUUCCCAUAUUGAGAGCUGGGCUUGCUCUGGCAGAGCAUGCAUCAUCAAUUUUACCAGCAACAAAGACAUAUCAUCUAGGUAUAGAAGGGAUUAGCAGAGACGAAGAAACACUUCAGCCAACUGUAUAUUUGAACAAGUUGCCUGAGAAAUUUCCUGAAGGUUCUCGAGUAUUUGUCAUAGAUCCCAUGCUUGCUACAGGUGGUACAGUGGUUGCAGCGCUUGAACUUAUCAAGGACCGAGGUGUUGACAACAAUCAAAUAAAAGUGAUAUCUGCUGUUGCUGCUCCUCCUGCACUGAAGAAGUUAAGCGAGAAGUUCCCUGGGCUUCACGUAUAUGCUGGAAUUCUCGACCCUACCGUUAAUGACAAAGGGUUCAUAAUUCCUGGACUCGGAGAUGCAGGGGACCGUAGCUUCGGCACAUAAAUCUAGCAAAUUGUACAACUAGGUGCUUUUCGCUUUGGGAGAUACGGCAUCAAAGAAUUAAAUGAGCAGCGGAGAAAGCGUGUGGAGGAUCUGGAGAAAGAAUGCCAAAAGAGACGUGGCCUGCAUAGCAUCGAUCGCUCAAAAAUCCACGCGUGUGCUCCGCUGUUCCCCUUAUGGAAUUUCUGCUUUGUGCUUCUCUCUUCUUUUCCUUUCUUUUUCUCUUCUUUUUCAUCUCUCUUCCUUUUCUAUUUGUUUUUAUAUCAACUUCUUUUUUUGUUGACGCUCGGCGCAUCGAUAAUUUGGUUGGUCAUGUGCAAUUAUGUACAUGUUGCAUAUUGGAAAGAAAAACUAAAAUGCUCUUCAACAAUGUCUCCUCAAAGAAAAUGAACGAUAUAGCUUAGUUCAAUACACCAAAACUAAAACGAGUAAUGCUGGAAAUGCUCCAAAUUUUAUCAUUAACUAGCUUUGGGUUCUAAGCUGCUGGCACAGAGAGCUCAGCGUAUGAGCAAUUCCAUUUGAAAAGAUACAGCUUGGUGGAGAAGCCUAUGUAGGCUUGAAACAUCAGUUCACCUGUUAGCAGAAAAGGCAAGAUAUACAUACUUCUGAUAACACAACAGUGCACAGUUCCAAUGAAAUAUUGUACGAUCUCGUAAGCUGCAAUAAGUUCAGACCCAACACCGGCAGUGGACUUCUUUACAUCAUGUGAGAAAUCUUUUAU